AUGUACAAGGAUGACACAAAAGUGUUGAAGGCUCUUAACAAGGCACUGCAGGAUCUGGGUGAUGCAACCCGCAUCUCGGGAUUCCGUAUUCCAAAGAGGGAUAAAGGCGGCUAUUUUUCUGGUGCUGCGAAGUUCCAGGCUUUCGAGCACCGCGCUGUGAUGCAGGUCGUAACCAUCGUGCUUGCCGGUAUAGUGGAUCAGAAGAUUGUCGAUGCAGUCGCGGCUCUCUACCUCUCCAACCCUCUCUAUUGUCUCUACCUCUCCAUCCCUCUCUAUUGUCCUUACCUCUCCAUCCCUAUCUAUUAUCCCCUCCUCCACCUUCUCAUACCAUCCCUGCUUCGCCCUCCUCCUUUCUUUCUCACUCCCUACUUGCCUAUCUCUCUUCUCCACGUCUACCUCCCUGCUGGUCCCCCGUCCUCCCUGGCGAAUUGUCCCUGCAUAGCCCAUCCUCCUCCCUCUCCUCAUCCCCUGCAGCUCCCUCCCUCACAUGCUAUUCCUCCCUGCAGCUCCCUCCCUCACAUGCUAUUCCUCCCUGCAGCUCCCUCCCUCACAUGCUAUUCCUCCCUGCAGCUCCCUCCCUCACUUGCUAUUCCUCCCUGCAGCUCCCUUCCUCACUUGUUUUCCUCCCUGCAGCUCCUUCCCUCACAUGCUAUUCCGCCCUGCAGCUCCCUCACUCACAUGCUAUUCCUCUCUGCAGCUCCCUCCCUCACAUGCUAUUCCUCCCUGCAGCUCCCUCCCUCACUUGCUAUUCCUCUCUGCAGCUCCCUCCCUCACAUGCUAUUCCUCUCUGCAGCUCCCUCCCUCACUUGCUAUUCCUCCCUGCAGCUCCCUCCCUCACAUGCUAUUCCUCCCUGCAGCUCCCACCCUCACAUGCUAUUCCUCCCUGCAGCUCCCUCCCUCACAUGCUAUUCCUCCCUGCAGCUCCCACCCUCACAUGCUAUUCCUCCCUGCAGCUCCCUCCCCCACAUGCUACACCUCUCUGCAGCUCCCUCCCUCACAUGCUAUUCCUCCGUGCAGCUCCCUCCCUCACAUGCUAUUCCUCCCUGCAGCUCCCUCCCUCACUUGCUAUUCCUCCCUGCAGCUCCCUCCCUCACUUGCUAUUCCUCCCUGCAGCUCCCUCCCUCACUUGCUACUCUGACCUACAGCUGCCUCCCUCGCUCGCUAUUCCUGCAUGCCGCUUUAUCCGCCUUCACACUGCUGCCCUGUUUCGCCCUAUAUCCUGAAUUUGUUUGUUGUUUGCACACAGGCUAA